AUGGGACUCGCAGCGCCGCGAAAGCGGACCAAACUCUCCCACGAUCCCAACAAUACAAAAUGGACCUCGAACACGGAAAGCUUUGGGCACAAGAUUAUGGCUGCUCAAGGCUGGCAACCUGGAGAUUUCCUUGGGGCUAAGAAUGCGAGGCAUGCGGAGCAUUAUACGGCUGCCAAUGCAUCACAUAUCCGAGUGACGAUCAAGGACGAUAACCUUGGGUUGGGAGCGAAGAUUGGAAGCGGGGUUGGCCAUGGCGAAUGUACCGGGCUGGACGCUUUCAAAGAUUUGCUGGGAAGACUUAAUGGGAAAGAUGAGGAUGAAAUAGCGAAAGAAAAGAAAUCCAGAGAAGAUUUGAAGAGAGCGAUAUACACAGAAAGAAGGUGGGGAAGUAUUAGAUUUGUUCCCGGAGGAUUCCUUAUCGGCGACAAGAUACAGCACUUGAUCGAUAGCGAGGCAGAGAGAGUACGAAAACUUGGAGAGACGCCUUCGGCCGCCGCGGAAAAGAGUUCGAGCGAUUCUAGCUCUUCGUCAGAGUCAGAUGAGGAGAAGCCAGUGGAGAAGCCCAAGAAAGCGAAGAAACGAAAGUUAGAGGAGGAUGAUGAGUCAGUCCCAGAAGUUGUUGCCGUGAAGGUCAAGAAAUCGAAGAAGUCAAAGAAGCGGAAACACGAGGCCGGUCCAGACGAACCUGAAUCUGCUGUUUCUACAGAAGAGGAUCCUAAGGCAUUGAAGAAGAAGUCGAAGAAGAAGUCAAAGAAGGGCGGGGAAGAUGAGAUGGACGUUGAUGAUGCAACAGCCGAGGCCGAAAAGAAGAGACGCAAAAAGGAGAAGAAGGAGAAGAAGGCAAGAAAGGAGGAGAAGUCCAAGAAGAAAUCGAAACGGCAAGCUGAGUCUGCCGAUGUUUCCGAAUCGUCAGAAUCCUCCUCCGGAACUACUACCAAGAUGAGCACUUCCUCGACAGCAGCCACAUCUAGUGGUAACUCCACGCUAGUUGUGCAAGGAAUACACGCAGUACGAGCACGAAACAUUGCUCAGAAACGAUUAGCAAGCAUGGAUACAGCAGCAUUGAAUCAGAUCUUCAUGAUCAAAUCCCAGGCCUAGAGAAUUGAACAAUAUAUUCUAGAUCUUUGUUACCAUCGGACGUUCCUCAACUCUUAAAAUAGAGAAUCCCCUGGCGGUCUACCAAAACUUUACCAUGGAUACCAUAGCCUGGAGACCAUUACCCUCCCAUCGCCCAACGCCGCCUAUAGAGCCACUAUCUUCCGAUUUGAAUGCAGAAUUUCAGAGACGAUGAGUCCAAAGGAGUGGACAUCAAUCUAGGGAGUACAUCUAGCUUCUGAUUAUGGCAAUGGGAGUUUUUUAAACGGCGUCAGGUGAAUUAAAUGACUUUGAAGAUGGGGUGUUCUGGAGCUUGGGUAGACAGUCGAGACAUUUUGGAGUCCUCAAAUCAGGCUCUUGAUUUCAACGUCUCUUGAUGUACAAGACCCAGCCCCCUUUAUUACCUCAUGUGCAGGAAUGCCAUUUCAUGAGUGAGUGAGCUCUAGAAUAUCAACUGAUUCUUCAACGG